AUGCGCCCAGCACGCAUCCUAUAUCUCGCCGCGCUCCCGCUCGCGCUCGCGGCCAGCCCGGACGCCGACACAGGCGCCGACACGCCGCACUACUGCAGCUACAUCUACGUGGGCGCGUCUUACCCCCUCCCUGUCCCCCCCCCCCCCCCCCCCCCACUUGCGCCCAUCCUCCUCCUCCACGGCAACGCGCAAACCGGCACCAACUUCCUAACCACGCCGAACGGGCGUUCGGGCUGGGCGUCGCACUUCCUUUCCGCCGGGCACACGGUGAUCCUUCCGGACCAGACGUUCCGCGGGCGCUCGCCGACCCCCUCAGGAUGCUGGCUAGUGGAGUACUCGGCCGAGUUUAUUGCGCGGCAGUUUACGGCGCCGCGGGGGUGGCCGCAGGCACAGCUGCAUACCCAGUGGCCCGGGGCGGGAACCCCCGGGGACGAGGUGUUUGAUAGGUACUAUAAGAGCACCGUGCCGUUUGAGGGGAAUGGUACGCUGCAGCAGGAGCGGAUGCGGGAGGUGUUGUUGGAGUUGGUUACUGGCGAGGAGGUGGGGGAUAGCGGGGUAGUGGUAGUCGCGCAUUUACAGGCGGGGUUGUUUGCGUGGGCGCUUGCGGAUGCGGUGCCAGGGAGGGUGAGGGCGCUCGUUGUCCUGGAGCCGAGUGGGCCGCCGUUUAGGGAGAGGGUGCGGAGUACGGCUCCCGCGAGGAGGUGGGGGGCGACGGAUAUUCCGCUGGUGUAUGAGCCGCACGUCGUGGAUCCUGAGACGGAGUUCAAGUUGCUGCUUGUUGCAGCGGGAGGCGCGGUUAGGGCGUUAAAGAGGCUGAGUGAUGUGCCCGUGCUGCUGGUCACCGCCGAGGCGAGUUAUCAUGCCGUCUAUGAUCACUGCACGGUGGCGUUUUUGAGGCAGGCCGGGGUUAAGGUCGAGUGGAUGAAGCUGUUGGAGAAGGGGCAGCGCGGGAAUGGGCAUAUGUUCUUCAUGGAGAAGGAUAGUCGCGAGGUGUGGAAGUUGGUGGAAGAGUGGAUCACGGGAUUGAAAUAG